GCUCUGCUGUCAACAACAGAAAAACAUGGCGGCUCCCAUUAGAGGCAUGGCUGGAUCCAUCAGCAUAGGCGACACAACUAGUUUUCAGAAAAAAACCCGCAGCAAACUAGUUUCUAUCCCUGGAACCAGACCGUCUGUACAGAACGGACAGCUCUUAGUGUCAUCUGGCGUCAGCUCGCUUGACUACGUGAUUGGUGGUGGCCUGGCAGUUGGAACUCUGCUGCUUGUAGAGGAGGACCGCUAUGACAGCUACUCCCGCAUGCUGCUCAAGUACUUCCUGGCAGAGGGAGUUGUGUGUGGACAUGAACUCUUCCUGGCAUCUGCCCGAGAUCACCCUGAUCAGAUCAUGCAGGAACUCCCUUCUCCAAUUGUGGAUGACGUUGCCGGCAUGAAAAUCAGCGAGGGUCAAUCUCAGCCAAUAUAUGGUUGAGACACAGAAGUAGCUAGAAUAAAGUUUCUGUUAUAUUUGUUUUCUUCUUAUUUGUAGAAUGCUUUGGCAUCAUCAGUGAGGUUUGGCCAUUACUAUGACGUGUCCAAGAUCAUGGAGCCUGAGCUACGGCAAGCAGCCAAAUGCCACAGUUUUUAUCAGCUACAGGAAACACCAGUAACCACAGGAUCAAGUCCGUUACCAUCACCCUAUCAUGCUCUCCUAAAGUCCAUCCAGACGGUCAUCCGGAAAGAAGGGUUUGAUGGAUCCACGCCACAGUCUAAGGUUCGGAAUGUCCUGCGGCUGGGUCUUCAUUCUCUGGGAUCAGUGCUGUGGGGGGAUGAUGUGUGCUGUAAGGAUAACCCCGCCCACUGCCACGCCCUCACAACUUUUCUCUACAUCCUCCGAGGCCUGUUACGCACAUCACUCUCAGUCGCCAUGGUGACCGUACCAUCCCACCUCAUACAGAACAGAGCCGUAAUGGGCCGAAUAAUCAGACUGAGUGACACUGCCAUCGCUCUGGAAUCAUUCAAAGGCUCGGAGAAGGAGACCAACCCGCUUUACAAAGACUAUCAUGGUCUCCUGCAUGUUCGUCAGUUGCCCCGUCUGAACUGUCUGUCAUGUGAGGUACCUGAUACGAAAGACUUGGCCUUCAAACUCAAGAGAAAGCAGUUCACAAUUGAGAGACUGCAUUUGCCUCCAGACCUGUCAGAGACGGUGAGUCGAGUGAGUAAAACAGAACUGGCAGCAGGAUGUGGCACCACUGCCACGGGCAACAAGCACCUAGAUUUCUAGCGUAUUCCCAUUCCUCCUGCACCCUCUGCCCCCCAGAGAUGUUCAAGGGCAGGAGAGCGCUGGAGCUGCACUACGCCAACACUAGGCUACAGUCACACCUGCACUGACACACUUGCUCUCAUUAUUAGUGAAUGAGAGUAAGAUGGUGCAACGUUUAGUAACUACACAACAUGGGGAAACUUACAAGUGAUAUUCAGUGUCACAAAAACCUGACAAGUACCUGUUGCUAUCUUUGGAUAAAGCAAGGAUGUGAUGCAAAUAACGAUAACAUAGUUUGGCUUCCAGUGUCAUUUCAGUGCACUUCAUGGCUUCCUGGUGUUUAUUUGCUUAG